AUUGACUUAUUCUUAGGUUAUAUAGACACAGGUGAACGUACUGGAUUGGCUCGUCCUUAAGAUUCUAUAUACACGUACACAGACCAUGGACCGUGACCCUGAAGGCCGGCAUGUGAUGUCACUGAGACUGUCCAGAGUUCUAAGUGACAUCGGCGUCACCAAACAGAUGGUCUCCCGGAGGAGGAGGUCAUUUCUAGUUUUCGAGGGAAUUCUAAAUGCUGUCGACACUAUCAGCAAUAAAAGAUAUUGUGACACUUUUGUCUUCGGUAGUCAAUCAGAAGGUACAACAACCCUAGACAUGAAUUCAGACUUAGAUGGUUUGCAAUCCAUAAAAGUGUGUCGUGUGAUACUGGACUGGGCAGACUGGGACCCAGAGAAAUUAUGCUUUCUUCUAUUGAAGAACGAACAUACUCCGCCCCAGCACUGCCGUCUACAGGUACUUAAAUACGACUGCCCAAUGCCUGCAACACUGGAUAUGUUGCCAGCAUUAAUGGAUGUGGAAAAAGACGUUGACAACAGGGUGCUGCUGAAAAACACUUGGAUGGAUGGUGCAAUACAACUGUUAUUAGGUCGACAAUUGAUAAAACGAGGGCCAUCGAGAAGUGGUCACAAAUCUAUAGAUAUAAUUAUAGCGUUUAGGUACAGCGGUCUGCUCUUCGAAUGCAAUUUCCUUUUCACAAGACCAAAGCCUGGUCACUGGCCGAGAUCUGAAAUACUCACAAAGGCACGUCAGAGUGACACUUUCCUCGUCCCACAAGGUCACGCCGAGAGUGAUCAGUCAGAACUGGAAUGGAGAUUCGGCACGCCACUAAUUGAAAGGCUGCUAAUGUUUGAUCUCAAUAUUUUGCAAAUACAGGUUUACACAUUUAUAAAAAUCUUACGAAUUACUUUUUUCAAACCGUUAGUUGGUGAUAGACUAAGCACGUUUCAUUUUAAAACCGCUCUUUUGUUUACUCUGGAGGCAUAUCCUCCUGAAAUCUGGCAAGAACGUAACCUGAUGCGGUGUGUUAUAUGCUGCCUGAAAACUCUUCAACGUUGGUUCAACCUUCGACACUGUCCACAUUACACGAUCUCGGGAGUGGACCUGUUCGUGGGGAAAUUGAGAAGAUGGGAGUUUCCUCUCCUUUUAGCAGUUCUGUCUGACAUGAUAGACAACAUCAUGGACUUUGUUUCCCAGAUACAAAUGGAACAGAUAGGAGAGAGGAUCGUUGACAGACCAAGAACAGUCAGUACAAGAUAUCAGAACACACUAGCUACAGUGAGGAUAUGCUUUGGAUCUGAUAUGUUGAAAAUAUUCGGUAUUUAUUUCAUGUCAACGACUGGAGAGAAUAACAUUUUCAAAACAAGGGACAUUAUCAUAAAAGUUCGGGAGAUAAUUUUUGAAUCCGAUAUAUUGGCAGUAUUACAACAUGCAGAAAAGUGGCUAUACCAAUACCUUGCCUCCAUGGCAGCAUCUACGUGUCUUCAACGGAACCAGCCAAUAUCACCAGACAUUUACCGCCUGUACGAGGCCUCUCUGGAUUCAGAUCUCACCUCUAGCAGAUUGAAGUUGGCAUCCAUGAUGUACUGCAGUGGUCAGUACGAGAAAGCGAAAUUGGUGUUGGCUUACACGGAGCGUCUGCUGCAUACCGAUGUUUUGCAGUGGUGUGCGUGUCCAGGAAGGUCGACGAAAUUUGCGCCUACCGAGAGGUUUUUACAAAAGGCUUAUGAGCUUCCUGUUUCGGAAGUGAUAAAACGGCAUGUUGCAUGCAGCGUUGUUUUUAAUUCAUUAGAAAUAUGUUGUGUACCUGGGUUCCUAGUAUACGAAAUGCAUAGAACAAUUAGUCCUGAAGAUUUUCAGCACAGAAAUUCAAUAAUAGACAAAUGGAUGGACCUUGUAGUUAUUGACUCCAAACUCUUUAUGUUCUACCUCCAAUACCUCACAUUCAGACAACUGGGAGAAGAAGAGAGAAGACUGGGAGCACUACACAAGUUAAAGAACUAUCUUAGAGUAGAGCAUAGAGGAUGUGUGCAUAUAGAGACUGCAUUGAAUGUAGUUGGUCACUGCUAUGAACUGGAGAACCGAUAUGAUAUGGCAUUGGCAUGGUACAGAAUAUCCCUCCGUUACUUCCCUUACAACAACGCAGCCAGAUUGCAUAUCAUGAGACUCCUUCAGCAGGCGUGAGGAAUACCAGAAGAAAUGAAGCACACAGUUAUCGCCAUAACAUGAUAGCUUUGAUAAUCCAAUUAGCAGUAAGUCGAUAGGCUCUAUUCCAUUUUCCGAUGUGUUUUGAAGUAAACCAUAUAAACUUUCAACAAGUGUUUUGAAGUAAACCAUAUACACUUUCAACAAGUGUUUUGAAGUAACCAUAUUAACUUUCAACAAGUGUUUUGAAGUAAACCAUAUACCAUUUCAACAAGUGUUUUUAAGUUAACAAUACAAUCUUUCAACAAGUGAUUUGAAGUUAACAAUAUAAACUUUCAACAAGUGAUUUGAAGUAAACCAAAUACACUUUCAACAAGUAUUUUGAAGUUAACCAUAUACACUUUCAACAAGUAUUUUGAAAUAAACCAUAUACCAUUUCAACAAGUGUUUUGAAGUUAACCAUAUACACUUUCAACAAGUGUUUUGAAGUAAACCAUAUACCAUUUCAACAAGUGUUUUGAAGUUAACCAUACAAACUUUCAACAAGUGAUUUGAAGGUAACCAUAUAAACUUUCAACAAGUAUUUUGAAGGUAACCAUAUACACUUUCAACAAGUGUUUUGAAGUAAACCAUAUACACUUUCAACAAGUGUUUUAAAAUAAACCAUAUACCAUUUCAACAAGUGUUUGAAGUUAACAAUAUAAACUUUCAACAAGUGAUUUGAAGUAAACCAUAUAAUUUUUCAACAAGUGAUUUGAAGGUAACCAUAUACACUCUCAACAAGUAUUUUGAAAUAAACCAUAUACACUUUCAACAAGUAUUUUGAAGGUAACCAUAUACACUUUCAACAAGUGAUUUGAAGGUAACCAUAUACACUCUCAACAAGUAUUUUGAAAUAAACCAUAUACACUUUCAACAAGUAUUUUGAAGGUAACCAUAUACACUUUCAACAAGUGAUUUGAAGUAAACCAUAUACACUUUCAACAAGUAUUUUGAAAUAAACCAUAUACCACUUCAACAAGUGUUUUGAAGUUAACAAUAUAAACUUUCAACAAGUGAUUUGAAGUAAACCAUAUAAUUUUUCAACAAGUGAUUUGAAGGUAACCAUAUACACUUUCAACAAGUGUUUGAAGUGAUGCUUGCUACAUGAGUGCACUUGGUGACAUAGUGACAAUAAACCGAACUUCAAGAUGUUUAAUUGAUAGCCAAUUACUAAAUUCGGCUAGACAUGUACGAUUAAACAAUACGAAAUAAUAGACACUUUUUAAACUGAUAUGUACAAAUUUGUUAUGUUAUGAAUUGACAUGUCCUUUUCUAACAAUCAAACAGGUAAUCUUUAUUGUUUGACUUGUCUUAACAUUUUAUGUAUAAUUAUGUGAUGCUUUUACGUGUGAUCAAUUUAAAAAAAUACACACUCAAACAUACAUUUUACAUAAUUUUGACUCUAAAUACAUUUUGAUGAAAAACAUUUUGCUUUGAAAAAAUCUCAAUUUCGUCUACAUUGCUUGUUAUGUCGAUGUUUAAAACAAAUUACAAUUAAA